UCGGGUGCGAUUAGCAAUACUUUCGCUCCUCCUCUUCCUCUCCCAUCACCAUUAAUUCCGAUUUCACCCUCUCCUUCCUCUCUCUCUCUCUCUAUCGCUGUUUCUCUCUCUAACCGUAUUCUCGCUUUUCAUCGUUAUUAUUAUCUUUGAGAUUUUCGUAAAUGCAUAUUUCUCCGCAUUAAAGGCACAAAAUUCGGCUGCAAAUUUUGUUUUCUUAACAAUUUCGGUAGCUGGGGACAAAAUUUCGAAUUUUGUGAUCGUAGAUUUCUUGUAUCCGCUAAUUACAGGAGAGUCAAGAGCGUGAAACGAAAUAUCGGAGGCGAUUGUGUUUCUUGAAUGGUAUGGAGUAAUGUACGAUGGAACCAUUAGGGUUUCGAAGGACUCAUUAGUGCAUUGAGGAAACAGAAGUCCAAAUGGACAACCCUACUCCAUUAACAGCCUCUCCGGGUUCAGUCCGGAACUGGAACGACGAUACUCCUCGCGUGAAGAUCUUAUGUAGCUUUAAUGGUGGCAUACUACCACGGCCACAAGACGGAAAACUUAGGUACGUUGGUGGUGAAACACGGAUUUUAAGUGUUCCCAGAGACAUUGCAUUCAAAGAACUAAUGUCAAGGAUGAAAGAAUUGUUUGAUGGGGCGACUGUUUUGAAAUAUAAACAACCUGAUGAAGAUCUUGAUGCUCUGGUUUCAGUAGUGAACGAUGAUGAUGUGACAAAUAUGAUGGAGGAAUACGACAAGUUAGGUUCAGGGGAUGGAUUUACUAGGCUUAGGGUAUUCUUGUUUUCAAAUUCUGAACUUGAUGAUCCUCUACACUUUCUAGAUACCGAUGGGAGAGAUAGUGAGAGAAGAUAUGUAGAUGCUUUGAACAGUCUUCAUGACUCCCCUGAGUAUGGAAAACAACAAAUGAGUGAGUUUCAAGGAAUGUCUCCCAUGGAUGACUCUCAGUUAACAGAAUAUUCCUUUAAUCAGUUAAAUCUAGAUGGUGGUAUUCAUAAUCCAAGAAACUAUGACACACAUAUGCCACCUAUUAACUUGCAUCACCUUACAAUCCCUCAUAUGGGUCCAUCGCAACACCAACAACCUCUAAGCCCUGCAUACUACUCCCCUAGACACCCUGGAAAUGACUUUCCAACUUCUCCUUCAUGUUCUUAUUAUCAUAGUCCUUAUGGUGAACCAGCAGCAGAAGAUUACUACAGACAUCAUCAUGUUAAUCAUCUUUCCCCAAUUGAUCACCAAUCCCAAUUACCAAUCCCAAAUACCAACAUGUUUGAAGGAAACAAUGUUUUUGAUCAAUGUACUCCUCCUUUUUCAAGAAACCAAACUCCGGAAUUACCCAACACCGGAAACGGAUUCCACCAAUUCCCCCAUCCAUAUUACAUUAGAGAACAAAAUGAACCUAGAACUUUCUACAAUGGGCCCACAGGGUAUCCAGAUAGUUAUCCAAUUCCAUCACCUUAUAAUAUCUCACGUGAUGAUAGAACACAUUACAUUCGUCAUAGACAUGAAUUUGGUAAUGAAAUGUUUCAUGAUCAAAUUACUCGAUAUGGAAACUUUCCAUAUGCUUAUGGACCUGAGAAUAUUCAACAUUCAUCAUCUAAUAAUGGACACAUACAAAAUUCUUAUUGGAGAGAUGUUCAAAGCCCAAUGCAUGGGUCUCCAUCAAAUGAAACACCAAUUUCACCACAACAACAAGAAAAUGGUAUUCCUAGGCUUCGAAUUGAGGUGGAGCAUCUGAAUCCUUUGGUGGACCCCACUCAUAAAUUGACACGUUACAAUGAGAGUGAUGUAUCUGAUUAUUACCCUGUACGCCCUUUGAAACUUCUGCCAAAUUCUUACAAUCUUGAGGAUCAUAACAUAGCUCCUGAACCUGUUAUCCCUGUCCAAUCUAAUGAUUCGGUGCUGGGGUUUGACCAAUCACCAAGUUUCGUUGACCAUAAAUCACUUUCUUUGAACACCAUGAAUAGAAAAACAACACAAAACACCAAUGACAACACUGAACCAUUGAUAAAGAUAGAUGGAAGAAAUGGUUCUGAAAGUUUGAAGGAAUCAGAGCAAGCAACAACAAAUUCCCUUGGAGUCAAUGCUUCUCAUUCUCAUGAAAAAGGGGAAGCUAAAGGCGAAGACUUGAAUUUUGUUCCUCAAUUUGUUGAAUCUGUGAAAAAAGCAGCUUUAGAAUGUGUUGAGGAGGUCAAAGGUGAAGUUGAAGAAGUUGUUGAUUCUGCCCUUGAGAAAGUUGUUGAGGUCAAAGGGGAACCCACUCAAGAAUUAGAUGUUGUGGAUGCACCUGAGGAUUUGGAGUUGGACUCUGAUACUGGGACUGAAAGCAUUUCAAAGAUUGAACCAACAAAAGCUGAGGAGGAAGCCAUUGCUAGAGGAUUGCAGACCAUAAAGAACGAUGAUUUGGAGGAGAUACGCCAGUUAGGAUCAGGUACAUAUGGAGCUGUUUAUCAUGGAAAGUGGAAGGGUUCUGAUGUUGCAAUCAAGAGAAUUAAAGCCAGUUGCUUUGCUGGAAAACCAUCUGAAAGGGAACGUAUGGUAGGCAUAUACAUUCUUUUCCUCUUUCUUUCAUGGGCAUAUUGGUCAUUUGACUUUUUUUUUUAUUUACAGAUUGCAGAUUUCUGGAAGGAGGCGUCAAUGUUAAGUUCAUUGCACCACCCAAAUGUCGUCUCCUUUUAUGGUAUAGUUCGUGAUGGGCCAGAUGGGUCUUUGGCAACUGUAACAGAGUACAUGAUCAAUGGAUCUUUAAAGCAGUUUUUAAAGAAAAAGGACAGAACGAUAGAUCGGCGUAAAAGACUUAUCAUAGCCAUGGAUGCUGCUUUUGGAAUGGAAUAUUUGCAUGGAAAGAAUAUCGUACACUUUGACCUAAAGUGUGAAAAUUUGCUAGUAAACAUGAGAGAUCCACAUAGACCAAUUUGCAAGAUUGGAGAUCUUGGCCUAUCGAAGGUAAAACAACAAACAAUGGUAUCUGGAGGUGUUCGUGGAACUUUGCCUUGGAUGGCACCUGAGCUUCUUAGUGGAAAAAGUCAAAUGGUAACAGAAAAGAUUGAUGUUUAUUCAUUUGGGGUUGUCAUGUGGGAACUACUCACUGGAGAUGAACCUUAUACAAAUAUGCAUUGUGCUUCCAUUAUUGGAGGAAUUGUGAAUGGAACGUUACGUCCAACAAUACCAACAUGGUGUGAUCCUGAAUGGAAGUCAUUAAUGGAAAGAUGUUGGUCUGCUGAUCCACAUGAAAGACCAUCUUUUCUAGAAAUUGCUCAAAAGUUGAGAACAAUGGCUGCAGCAAUGAAUGUCAAAUAAAUCAUAUAGUUUUCAUCCAUAAAAUCAAUCAACCCUUCUUCACUUCUUUUAUUCGUGCUCAUGGGUUUAAAAUGGAGACAAAAGUCGAGCUUGUGAGGAAGAACUACUAUUGUGUAUAAGAAAACGUUAUGAAAGUGUUGUUCUUUUUUUAGCGUGUGAUAAUAUGUUUUUUCUACUAGAAGUUCGGGGUUUUGAGCUUUAGUUUGAAAUGAUCAUUAGAUCAUAUAUGAUAAUCCGAUUUUUUAAUGUGUUGGUUGGUCAAAGUAAAAUUCUAGGUUGUUUGGUUCGUAAAAUUGUUUUGGAAAUCAACUUUUUUUUUUUUUAUUAUAAAUAUAUAUAAUAUAUAAUUGAAAUUUCA